AAAAAAACCUCUGUCUCUCAGUCGCUCUGUGAACACGAGAUUCAUCGGUUGUGUGUCUACAUAGUAAAGUUUGGGUAUGUCUACAUAAUAAAAAUGUAUGCUGCCGGUGCUGAAGUGAACGCUAAACACGCAAAUUAUUACAUGCCUGCUCAACAUGAGGACGAGGCUCCACCGAGCAAGAAAAUGUGCGAAAGCGUUCCACGACCUCCUGCUGUGCAUAUCUUAGGACCCCGAUACGCUUUGACUGCAACUGCUUAUAAAUAUUUGAAUAUCGGAAUCAGCGUAGGAGCUGAACCCGUCAUAGACAUAGUCAUUGAUGAUAAUCGUGGCAAACAACUGCUAUUGCCGAUCAAAACUUGGAAUGCGCUAAUGGGGCAACGUGCUGACAUCCAGAGAUUUCUGCAGGCCAAUUUUUAUAAGUCAUCGUCUCCCCCGAUGCAUAUAGAAGAAUUAACAAUAACGUCAUGUAAGAUGUACAACUCACAAAUUGUGAAACUCACAAUUUUUAAUAAUUGCUUAUAUGUAACACCUGAUACGUUAAAUGUAUUAUUUACAUUUGAAAAUUGCAUCAGUCACAUAGGUCUAGAAUGCGCAAAGUCCGCAGGACGUAACAAUAUUGUGGAAAUCAGUUUACGGCAAUUCAAAACGCCGAAGAACGGGCCGAAGAAGAAUCAAUUGAAACCAGAGCAAGUACAUCCAGAUGUGAAGAAGCUCAUCUUGCCGAUAUACGAAGAUUUGUCUCGCAAUGAUUUGCUUGAGAGAUGCUUAGAUCGCUAUACACAAAACGCUAAUGAAAAUUUUAACGCUACUGUGUGGCAUCUGGCCUCUAAGCAUCUAAACUAA